AUGGCUCCUCAGAAGAAGAAGCGACGCCCAUCCCGCAAGCCGCGGCUGCCAUCUCCCCCUCCCGUCUACCAUAGCGAAGGAGCGCCGUCUUUCGGCGCGAGUCCAGCCCUUCCAGCCACCGGAACACUCCCUGCCGCCACUGAGGUGUCUCCGGCCGAUGCUUUAGCCAUCGUUGUGUUCUCACCACCGACGUGUGAGAACGUACCAUCCACCGAGCCCUCAGCCUCAGCCACCAUCUCCGACGUUCCGGUUUCUCCAUCACCGUCUACCUCAAGGAAAAGACGUCGGAAGGUGGCCAUUCCUAAGCCAAAGAAGCUACGCAAAUCCACCAGCGGGAAAGCCAAGCUCCCCACGUCUAGUAAGGCGAAGGCAAAAGCUACGACCUCCACCCCUUUAAGGCGGAGCAGCCGCCAGCAUGCUCGACCUAUCACGAUCGACACCCGCGUGCAUGAGAUUGCAUCUACCUCCGAUUCUGAAGACGAAGCGUACGAGCAGGGAGCUGAGGAUGAACAGGUGGAACAAGACGAAGAGUACGAGCAGGAAGAGGAGGAGCAAGCUGAGACGGGGCCGCGCCAGAAGCCUAAGCGCCGGAAACCCGCUGUCCCUCACAGCCGGUUCACCAUUACCAAAGUCGGUGCGAGGUACUUCCAGCCACACUACCGACUCCACUACUCCUCCACCCUGGUUCUUGCCGCAGCUUCACACCCUGCGCACUGA